GUUAAUGCUGCACACGGGACGGGCCGGGAUUACAUGUGAAGAUAUGCCCUUUCUUUUGUGUUAUUUCGAGGCUUUGUCGGUUUUGGUGGCAUUCCGACACAAAAAAAAGGCCCACAGGCGAGCAGUGGAGUGCUUUAUAUUGCUCAGUGGAGUGAAGGGCACUGUGCAGGAAUGAAUGAGCAAUAGCCCUCGGUAGAUGGGCUGUAGAUGGGCUCACUCGGUGCUGUUCACUGCGGGAUUAUUUCAUGCUCCAGUUAAACGUUCAGUCGUCACUCGAGGAUCUAGGGACUCACGCCAAGAUGUGACAGUCACGACGCAUCACAGUUUGGAUCUGUCCUGUACAACACUUGUUUCUAUAGCAACAGAAAUAUCAGAGAAUCCUAAAAAAAAGUCACAUUCCCACAAUGCAGUCCUCUAGCUGCUCCUCUCAGCCUCCAAAGCCGCGGCGCUUCGACGUCAGCCGGCGGACCAAUUCCAUAGCUGCAACAAAGUCUCAAGGUCCUGGUUUCCAGAGGGAGGAUAAAAACAUGAACACAAUCGCCACGUCCUCCCCACGCAGGCCUACUAAAGUCACCCCUGCACCCAAUAGGACCAGGGUCGGAGUGCCGCCUCGAGCGCCAGUAACCCAGUCCAGGUUUGGCCCAAAGAAGCAGGGCUCCACAUUCUCCAAACCCGCAAAGCCCAAACCCAAGAUUGCUCGUGCGUCCGUGGCGACCAAGAUUGCGGCAGCAGUCGCUCCGCCUGCGCUCCCCUCGGUUCUCCCUCUCGACCCGAACUGCAACGAGCCGAGCCUCCCGUGUCUGUGCUGCGAUGGCCGCUCCCCGCAGGACAACAACAGCAUGUUCAACCACAACCACAACAACAACAACACCAUCUCUAUCAGACAGCAACUGCAGCUACCCCCUCCUCCUGCCCCGCUGCCCCUGAAGCAGGAUGGGAAACGGGGCAAUGAGCAGCCUCGACCUCCCUCCCAAGGAAAGGCUCAACCGGUGGCCUCUGCCCGCCCUGUGGCCAGUCUGAAAAAAGGAGGCCAGAAUGCAAGUGCAAGCGCUGAUCUGGACAACAAGAAAAAUGUAAAAGUAGAAGAAGACGAUGAGGAAGAGAGCAGUGGGGAUUUUGAUAUUGAUGAUGAUGUUGAGGAGGCAGACAACGACGACGAUGACGAUGAUGACACCCUGGUCCCCUCAUGCUGUGACUGCCCCCCCUCCCUCCUGGAGUUUUCGCUCUCCUGCUCCACCUCGUCGUCCUCCACUUCCAUCAGCUCCUGCUCUGAUCUGGAGUCUGACUGUGCGGAUCAAUCCGCCUCCAUCUGCUCUUCUCUCGACCAAGUCGCUCUGUCCCCCAAAGAGCGCUCUCUCCCACAAGCCCCUGAAUGCGAGGCUCCUGCGCGUUCACCCCCGUCCCUUCCUCUUAGCCGCAAUCCCUUCCUCUUGACAUCCCAUUCCUCAAUCCCCCCUUGCUCCCCAGAUGAAGGUUACCCCUCUGCCCUAGACUCGCCUUCUCCUGACUACCUAGGGGCCAAAGGGGAUUCUGAGGUCACCAAACAAGGUCUGCUGGACUUUCUAGAAUCUGUCGGGGAGUUUGGGAAAAUGGAGCGCUUCAGCCAGGUGAUCCAAGUGGCUCGUUGGGAUCUGGAGGGGGAACAACAAUGGGAUGUUCUGAGGGAUCGGCUCGAUCACCUUGAUCGCCUGGAGAAGGUUAACCGGGAAGUCAAGUUGGCCUACAUCGCCAGACUCCACGAGGAAGGAUUUGAUCUGGGAGACCUGGAGGAGCAGGAUCUCUCAGAUGUCAUGGAUGAAAUGGGCAACAUCGACAUUCCCUGGAAGUUGUAUAAAAGUGUCCGAGGAACAAUGGGAGACUCUCAGGAGUUUUCAGAUGCAGGGGUUGACCUCACUGCUCCGUCAGACUGUGAGGAUCCCCUCGUUCUUGAUUCCCUCACCCCAUCUCCCGUCGAGCCGCCACCCAGGCCCCCCAAACCUCCAGCGCGUCACGCCAGUGUGAGCUCCGAUCUCCACACCUACAUCAACAUCAGUAGAGAGACCACCUCCAUGGCUGUGUCUACCUCUCCUACACUGUCUACUUUCUCCCCCAACUCCUCAUCCCCCACUUUCACCACUUUUAGGUGUGAGAACCCCUCCUUCAUCUCUCCUUCCAUCCCUCCUCUUCCCACCUCUAAACCAGCCCUUACAUCACCCUUUAUACGACUCCUUCUCCACCCCCAUCUAUCCCCACCCCGACUCCUCCCAUCCCUCCCCCUCGGAAGCGCCAUCUUGCCAGAAAGGAGGCGCAGCGGCUCGCUGCUCUCCAAACCGAACAGGAAAAGACCCCCUUUUCCCUUCCUCCUCCUACCACACGUCCCCCACCUCUACCUCCUCCACCAGUUAUCUCUAUCUCUUCCUCUUCCCCCUCUGCCAUACCCACUCCUCCUGCGCUGCCUCCUCCGCCCUCCUUCCAUGCACUGGAUGUAGAGAUUCGGAAGCUAUUGAUGCUUGCCGGA